AUGGGCUCCCGCUGGGCGUCGCAGGGCCUCCGGGCGCCGCUCGGCCUCCUCCGCCGCGGCCGCUCUGCGCUUCAGGCCCGGCCGGCCGGGGCGGGCCUCUUCCCGGCCCGCAUGAGCGGCGCAGGCCCCGGCGCGGCCGUCCCGGCCGGGCCUCUGGCGCGCUCCGAGGCCUUCGUGGGAGGCGGCUGGCGGAGGGCGGCGGCCGCUUUCCCCGUGCGGGACCCGGCCAGCGGCGCCGAGCUGGCCCGGGUGGCCGACUGCGGGGUGGCGGAGGCGCGGGCCGCCGUCAGGGCCGCCUACGAGGCCGGCGCCGCCUGGAGCGCCCUCCCCGCCAAGGAAAGAGGUGUUUUGCUUCGGAAAUGGUACAAUUUGAUGAUAGAGAAUAAAGAUGACCUUGCAAAAAUAAUUACAGCAGAGAAUGGGAAACCACUCAAAGAAGCUCAGGGUGAAAUUCUCUACUCUGCUUCCUUCUUGGAAUGGUUUGCUGAGGAAGCUCGGCGGACUUACGGUGACAUCAUUCCGUCUUCUGCAAAAGACCGAAGAAUUCUAGUUUUGAAGCAGCCAGUGGGAGUUGCUGCCAUCAUUACUCCUUGGAAUUUUCCAAGCGCUAUGAUUACACGGAAAGUGGGUGCAGCUCUGGCAGCCGGCUGUACAGUGGUAGUGAAACCAGCAGAAGAUACACCUUUAUCUGCUUUAGCACUUGCUGAGCUCGCAAAUCAGGCUGGAAUUCCCGCAGGAGUAUAUAAUGUAAUUCCAUGUUCCAGGCAACAGGCAGCAGCAGUAGGGGAAGUUCUGUGCACCGAUCCCUUGGUAGCCAAAAUCUCUUUUACCGGAUCAACAGCUACAGGAAAGAUAUUGUUGCGCCAUGCAGCCGGCACCGUGAAGAGGGUCUCCAUGGAACUUGGAGGACACGCUCCGUUCAUAGUGUUUGACAGCGCCGAUGUAGACAGAGCCGUUGCUGGAGCGCUAGCUUCUAAAUACAGAAACUCAGGCCAGACCUGCGUAUGUACAAAUCGCUUCUUGGUGCAAAAAGGGAUCCAUGAUGCAUUCGUGGAAAAGUUUGCACAAGCCAUUAAGAAAGAGCUGCGGGUUGGCAAUGGAUUUGACGAGGGGACAACCCAGGGACCCCUAAUUAACGAAAAAGCCGUGGAAAAGGUUGAGAGACACAUUGAUGAUGCGGUUUCCCAAGGAGCAUCCAUAGUUACAGGAGGAAAAAGACACAGUUAUGGAAAAAACUUUUUUGAGCCAACUCUACUCAGCAAUGUCACAGCAAGCAUGUUAUGUACACAAGAAGAGACUUUUGGUCCAUUGGCACCAGUUAUCAAGUUUAAUACAGAGGAAGAAGCUCUUGCUAUAGCAAAUUCACCGAAUGUGGGCUUAGCAGGUUAUUUCUACUCUCAGGACCCUGCUCAGAUUUGGAGAGUUGCAGAGCGAUUGGAGGUCGGAAUGGUUGGCGUUAAUGAAGGAAUUGUUUCUGCUGUCGAGUGCCCCUUUGGUGGCGUCAAACAAUCUGGACUUGGAAGAGAAGGAUCAAAAUAUGGUAUAGAUGAAUAUUUGGAAAUAAAGUAUGUUUGUUUUGGAGGUUUACAAUAGCCAUUAUAAAAAUGAAACCAAGGUACAGCUAGAAAAUGUUU